AUGGAGGUUUUGAACGAGAUCGAUAUGAGUGUGGUGACAACAACUGCAUCCAAUUCUGAGUAUGUGGAUUAUUCAGCUUCAAAUAAUGCAAAGACAUCUGGAGGCGAAAAAAGUUAUUUAGAUAGUUAUUUGGAGUCAGAAAAAGAGAAUUUAGAAGUAGAAGCAAAUAACGAUGGCCAGGACAAUUCACUAUUAUAUGAAAAAGGCUUUAUAAGUAAUAAUAACAGAGAGAGUUUUUCUGAGUACAAUAGCAGUGACGCAGAAAUAGGGGGUUGCGAAGAACUGGUUAUGAUGGUUCCAGAUUUGGACUCCACGCUUAAAUUUAAACACGAUACGGAGAGAUUCUUUAUGACAUUAUCGAUUGCAGAAGCGGAGCUUGACCUGGCAAAAUCAGCUUCAAGAACAUCAAAACUAAUUAUGGGUGAUGAUUUGGAUAUUAACAACCAAGGUGAAACAAACUGUUUAAAGGAAAUUAGAAGUUACGUAGAAGAGUUGUUGGAUACAGUUAAUGAUGUUAGGGACUCUAAUUUUGGAAUUCAACGUAUUGUAGAAGAGUGUAGCGAGAUUUUACAGCAGAACAUUUCACAGAAUGAUCUUUCUCAGAUUGAUACUACAGAUAUGAACACAAUCUCUGACCAGAAUUUAGUUUCUAUUGAAAGAUUAAAGUUUUUAUGUGAAGCAAUUUCUGAAGAGAAUUCAAGACUGAAAAAGGAAAUCAACAUUUUAAAUAGAGAAAAUGAGUUUUUAACUGACAAAAUAGAUUUUGAGGAGCCCGAUUCACAAGAAGGACCAUAUAGCUACUUCAGAAAAAAUCCUCUUAUGAGAUUCUUCUUUUUCUUAUUUAUUUUAGCUAUAUUUAGCCCCGCAAACAUUUCAAACAGUUUGCAGAAAAACCAAGUCCUUGAACAGCCGUCCAAUCUUGAAAUCGUUCCAGAAUUACUUGAGGAGGAUUACGAAUUUUCAAAAAAUAGUGCUAUUCACUUACUUCAAAGAUCUCUUAAAGGACUUAAGUUUGAGGAUAUUUCCUCGCAAAACCAACCAGAUACCAUUUCUAUAUGUUCCAUUCUUUCCGAACUAAAUGUCUUAGAAAAGUGUUUUACUAGAAUCAGGCUUUCUUAG